UGGAGUAGUUGCACAAAGGAAAAGGCCCACACGGUGGAGAUGUGUGUCGCACAUGCGUGCCCAGCCCUGUACGCGCACAGCCCGCGCUCCCGGCUCCAAGUGCGAGUGCGCCCAGUGCACGCUGAUAACUGCGUGUGACAACCCCUGGGGCGGGGGCGCGAGCAGCAGCCCCUGGCGGGAUGACUGCACCUCUCCCCGUCAGCCCUCUUCUCGCCUCGGCCGCUCCGCAGACACCUGGCGGGCAAGGAGAGGGGCCGAGGCCGGCGUUCAGAACUCCGGCACCGGCAGGAGCGCGGAAAUUGCUGUCUCCUCUUCCCCACAGCGGCGAGGACAGACCCUGAGUCGCCCCCCACUUCGGCGACCGCAGCGCGGGCUCCCGGCAGAGCAAGGGGCGCAGCUUCUCCACCUGGCAACAGAUGGUGCUCGGGCGCGUGCGCGCUGCGGCGGGCGGGGAGAGGUGGGCGCGGAGACCCGAGCUCCGGGCGCGCAGCGGGGCGGGAGGCGGGCCGCGCACAGGAGCCGGGGCCUCAGGCAGCCUGUCGCCUACGCUCCUCCGCUGCUCCGCUCUUCCGUCCUCAGCGUGUGCCCGCCAAGCAUCCUUCUUCCCGACCCUCCCGAAAGGCGGCGCCGAAGACCCGACCCAUCCGGACCGCAAAUCCCGAAACCUACGCGCUUCCUCGGCGGGGGAAGCCUGACGCGCGGUUACGGCGAGCUUUGGGGCGACUUGCUUUUCUCACCUCCAAAACUGCCAUUUCCCUCUCUCUCAAAGCCAGACGUUACGUUUGCAAAGCUACUGGACUUUAAUCUUUAAAACAAUACCCCGCAGGGCGUGGCUAGCGGGGCUGGCCGAGCGGCCCAGGAAAGUUGGCCUGGGCUGGGAGUGACUCGUUUUGUGCCUGAAGAGAGAGAGGAAGAGUGUGAGGGCAUCGCAUCCUCGGGAGGAGAUGCUUUUGAAACACCAUCCAUUAGCAGCCAUACAAACACUUUCCUGUUGCUUUGUUUUGUUUAUACACUGAGUGGCUUUUCGGUGAAAUGCUAUUUUGGUUACAGGAAGAAAUGGCCCCCCAGGAGCUCAGCCGGCGACUGGCCACAGUGAUCACUCAUGUCGAUGAAAUCAUGCAACAGGAAAUCAGGCCUUUGGUGGCAGUGGAUAUAAUUGAACAACUUCACAGACAGUUUGCCAUUCUCUCAGGAGGCCGAGGGAAAGACGGUGCCCCCAUCAUCACUUUUCCAGAGUUUGUGGGGUUCAAACACAUCCCAGAGGAAGACUUCCUGAAUGUCAUGACCUACCUGACUAGCAUCCCCAGUGUGGAGGCUGCCAGCAUUGGAUUCGUCAUUGUUAUUGACCGACGAAGGGACAAGUGGAGCUCCAUAAAAGCAUCAUUGACACGAAUAGCUGUAGCAUUUCCAGGAAAUUUGCAGCUUAUAUUCAUCCUUCGUCCAUCUCGCUUUAUCCAGAGGACAUUCACUGACAUUGGCAUUAAGUAUUAUCGAGAUGAAUUUAAAAUGAAAGUGCCGAUCAUUAUGUUAAACUCUGUCUCUGACCUUCAUGGCUACAUUGACAAAAGCCAACUGACAGAAGACUUAGGGGGAACUUUGGAAUAUCGCCAUAGUCAGUGGAUAAAUCAUCGAACUGCCAUUGAAAACUUUGCCGUGACAUUGAAGACCACUGCCCAGAUGCUCCAGAUGUUUGGGGCCUGCGUAGCCACAACAGAGCUGCCCAGGGGCGUGCUGUCCACUGAAGACCUCCUCAUGUCCCACACAGGGCAGCGGGACAAGCUGCAGGAUGAGCUGAAAUUACUUGGAAAGCAAGGGGCCACAUUGCUGUCAUGCAUUCAAGAACCAGCAACCAAAAGUCCCACCAGAAAACUCAAUCCCAAUCAGCUAGAGAAUGUAGCAACCAUGGAAAGGUUAUUACUUCAAUUGGAUGAGACAGAAAAAGCCUUUAAUCAGUUUUGGUCCGAGCAUCACUUGAAGCUUAGUCAAUGCCUACAACUACAACACUUUGAGCACAAUUUUCAUGAGGUUAAGCGUGCCCUGGACAAUUUGUUGGCAGAGCAAGCAGAGUUUACAGACAUCGGAGACAGUGUGAUACGUGUGGAGCAACUUCUUAAGGAACACAAAAAACUGGAAGGAAAAGGCCAGGAGCCCUUGGAAAAGGCCCAGCUGCUUGCAGUAAUUGGGGACCAGCUCAUCCAAAGCCACCACUAUGCGGCAGACUCCAUCAGACCCAGGUGUGUAGAGCUCAGGCACCUCUGCGAUGACUUCAUCAAUGAAAACAAGAAAAAAUAUGACAUUUUAGAAAAGUCCUUGGAGUUGCAUAGACAACUGGACAAGGUCAGCCAGUGGUGUGAAGCAGGAAUCUACCUUUUGGCUUCCCAAGCUGUAGACAAGUGCCAGUCACGAGAGGGAGUUGACGUUGCCUUGAACGACAUUGAGGCAUUCCUGGGCACCGCGAAGGAGUACCACUUGCCCAGCCACAUGGAGUUUUACAGCCAGUUCGAGUUGAUACUCACCCUUGACCUAAAGGCCAAAGCCCAGGAAGUCCUGCAGAAGCUGGGUGAUGUGCAGGAAAUAUUUCACAAGAGGCAAAUGAGUCUGAUGAAACUGGCAGCCAGACAGACUCGCCCGGUGCAACCCGUGGCCCCUCAUCCUGAGUCCUCCCCAAAAUGGGUGUCACCGAAAACCAGCCAGCCCUCCACCUUGGCUCCUCUUCAGAGAACAUCUGAGGAACCUUGUACAGGGACAGUAGAAAAAGAUGAUAAAACUAAACUUGAAGUCAAGAAUGAAGACAUACUGGAAAGCAGUCACAAUGGGGCAAACCCUGAGCCAGAGCAGCUUGACGGCCCUGCACAUCUUUCCCCCUCCAGACGCAUUAUACGUGACUUGCUUGAGACCGAAGAGAUUUAUAUAAAAGAGAUUAAGAGCAUAAUUGAUGGAUAUAUCACUCCAAUGGAUUUUAUUUGGCUGAAGCAUCUGAUUCCAGAUGUUCUUCAGAAUAACAAGGAGCUUCUCUUUGGGAAUAUUAGAGAACUUUAUGAAUUUCACAACAGGACUUUUCUAAAAGAAUUGGAAAAGUGCACCGAAAACCCUGCACUUCUGGCACGUUGCUUUCUCAAGAGAAAAGAAGAUCUUCAAAUGUAUUUUAAAUACCAUAAGAAUCUGCCCCGAGCUAGGGCAAUCUGGCAAGAAUGUCAAGACUGUGCCUUCUUUGGGGUGUGCCAGCGCCAAUUGGAUCACAAUAUCCCUCUUUUCAAGUAUCUUAGAGGACCAAGCCAGAGGCUUCUAAAAUACCAGAUGCUGUUAAAGGGUCUGCUGGACUUUGAGACUCCUAAGGAUUGGGAGAUAGACCCAGGAGACCAGGAAGGAGGUUCGGCUAAGAAUGGGCCAAAGAGGACCAAGGAUUCUGCAUUCUUAGCUGAACUACAACAAGCUUUGGCCAUGAUGGAGGAUUUGAUCAAGUCCUGUGAGUUGGCUGUGGACCUGGCAGCAGUCACUGGAUGUCCGGAUGACAUCAGGAAACUGGGCAAGCUGUUGAUGCAUGGUUCUUUCAGUGUCUGGACAGUUCACAAGGAUCGUUAUAAAAUGAAGGAUUUUAUUCGAUUUAAGCCCAGCCAGAGGCAAAUCUAUCUUUUUGAAAGAGGAAUCGUGUUCUGUAAGAUACGAAUGGAGCCCAGUGACCAGGGCCUAUCUCCUCAUUACAGCUUUAAGAAAUCCAUGAAGCUGAAGACACUUUCAGUUCGCCAGCUUGGAAGGGGGAGCAACAGAAAGUUUGAAGUUGCCAACCGAAAUGGACUUGAGAAAUACAUCCUGCAGGCAACUUCAAAGGAAAUCAGAGAUUGUUGGUUUUCAGAAAUAAGUAAAUUACUAAUGGAACAGCAAAACAAUAUUAAAGGCUGCUCCAGCAAGGAGUUUACCUCCAUGGAAACCUUUGACCAUCCCGAAGGUGCAGAAGAUAUGGAAAAGGAGAACAGUGCUCUGAGUCUGUCCGGACUCUUCCAGUUGGACGACAGUUAUGAAACGUGUUCCUCCAAAUCUGUCCUGGAAACGGGAGAAAGCGUCCAGGGGAAAAAGGAAAGCGGCGAUGAGGACGUUUGAGUGUGAAAGAGAAAGAACAAACAGUAAGCCAAUCUGUUAGCCGUUGCUCCUCUGACUUUCUUCUUGGAAUUUUAGGCCAACAAACACAACUAAGGAGAGCGCUGCGGUGCCCGCUGCCUUGCUCGGCCCUGCGGGGGACGCGACUAGUUUCCGGGCGAAAGCAGAGCGGGCGAGGGAAGGAUGCCUGCGCACCCCCUCCCCCGAGAACUGACACCGCUUCUAGAACACCGCGGCUCCCCCGCUCGGCCGGGCCGCCCCACGCCGCCUCCAUUCCGGGCCCGGCCUGCUGCGGACGCCGAGGGCCCGGCCCACCCGUCAGCGGGAAAGCAGCCAAGGGGCCGCCUCGGACCCUGCGGAUCUGCCGCUGGGGGUGGGGGUGGGGUGAGAUAGGACCGCCUUCCAGAAGCCUGAGGAAGGGCCCACGGCCUGCCCGCGGAAGCCACACUCCCGGCGAGGGCCGCUGAGAACCUGGGAGCUGCUUCACACGCGUCAGCGUUAGCCCUGGGGACUCCGCGCAGACGCCCGCGAACCUCGGGGCUGCUCCACACGCGCCUGCGCGAACUCCUGGACUCCGUGCAGACACCCGCGAACCUCGGAGCUGCUUCACACGCGCCUGCGCGAGCGUCGGGACUCCGUGCGGACACCCGCGAACCUCGGGGCUGCUUCACACGCGCCUGCGCGGGCGCCGGGACUAGCUGAAGACGUCCGCGAACUUCGGGGCUGCUCCACACCGGCCUACUGGAGCGCCGGGAUUUCGUGCAAACGCCCGCGACCCCCCCGAGCUGCUCUACCGCUCCUGCAGAGGUUAGCGGAGCCCAGUCCUGCGGGGUCCUGCCCAAGGUUUCUCAACGUUGGCAUUUAGACUUUGGGGGCUGGAUAAUUCUUUGGGCGGAGUCGGGGGGAGGAGGGACUGCCUUGUCAAGUGUUUGGCAGCAUCCCUGGCCUCUACCCACAGAUGCCAGUAAAACCGCUCUCCCAUCCACUCACCCAAAUUAUGACAAUCAAAAAUGCCUGCAGACAUUGUCAGAUUUUUCCUGGGAUGGGAGUGGGGAGAUGCGUUGAGAAUCUCCUUUGCGAACCUUGGAAGAGCAGAAACUACAGAGGCAGCCCUGUGUUCUUCUCCCUAAAUCCCCAAAAGAAUGUUCCUGUGGUGUUUGUGUUACUUUGUAACGGGAUUGCAUCCUUUCAGAGAGGGUUGGUUACAAAUGUUAACGUCGGAGGUAGUUCGUUUUUAGAUUAGUUUUUAAAUUAGUUUCAGUUAUUUUUCAUUUUUGUUUUAUUAUUUUUCGUCUAAUUUUACUUUUAUUUAUAGUUUUCUAGUUAUUUAAUUUUAUAGAUUUAAAGUUACCUGUUUAUAAUUAUUUUGUUUUCAGGGUUAGUUUUUGAGUUAUUCAUUUUCAGUUUCUUAUAUGCAGUUAUUUUAAGUUAUACAUUUCCAAAUUAGCUCUAGAAUUAUUUUUAAUUAUCUUUACAAUUAUUAGUAUUUGAGUUAUUUACUUUUAUAGUUAUUCUUUUUUUUUAGUUAUUGGAAUUUUCAAAUUAUUUUUAGUUUUUUGUUGACUGCUAAUAAUUCACUAAAAGUUUUAGAAUUAUUUAAAAUUAUUUAUUUCCAGACAGAGUGUCUUUAGUUAUUUUAGAGGUUUUUCCCUUGUUAGUUUUAGAGUUACUUAUAGUCACACUUAUUUUUUUCAGUUUAGAUUUGGGGUUGUUUAUUUUUACAUCCAUUUAUUUAUGUUAUUUGGUUUUAAAUUAUUUUAUUUUCAGCUGUUGCAUUUUUGAGCAUUAUAUUUCCUGAAUUUUUUAUUUUCAGAGAUUUGGACAUAUUUAGUUUUGAUUUAUUUUCGGUAACUUAUUCUCUGUUUCUUUUUAGUUACAUCUUUGCCAUUUAAAAAUUUUUUUCUAUUUUGUAUUUUUACUUAUUUUAUUUUCAGAUUUAUUUUCAGAACUAUUUACUAUUAGAAUUAGUCUAGGGGAUCCAAACAAGAGAAAGACACAACAGCAGUUAUUUUAACAAAGAGAAUUUAGUAUAAGGAAUUGUUACCCAGUUAUUGGAGAUUUUAACAGGAGAAAACGUGGUAAUGUGAGAUCAUGGAGAUGUUAGCCAUAAGGAGCAGCUACCAGCCCACUGGCUGAAGGAGCAAAGGGAAGAGGUUGGAUGGAGGUGGCCCACAGUCUGAGGGGGAGGUGCUGCCCCAUGGGACAGGUUUCCCACGAGUCGGAAUUUGGUCCAAGAGCUGGAUGCAGAACUCUCCAUGGAGGGUGCUGCCAGCUGGUGCUGGAGUCUCUGAAGGCGGGGUGAUGAGGCUGCUUGCGGAAGUGUUGGGAAAAUGGCAAAGGGCAGCUACUGGAAUCAGCUGUUGCUCUCAGCGUGAAGAGCAGUUGCCAGGGGGAAGCUGGCAGGAAGUCAGCACACGGGGUCGCUCUCCCCUCCUUGGUCCUCCCAUCAGUCUGCCCUAUUGGCCAAAGCUGACAGGGAGCAAGCUGGCAAAGGAGGUGAGUGGCCCUGGGUCCACAAAGCAGAGACUAGAAGGAUGACUGAAAGCUGAGAAAUAUGGCAAAUAAGCAACCCACUGAGCUCUGGAGUUGUUUACUUUUAGAGUAUUAGUUUUGAAUUUAGUUAGUUUGGGAAUUGUUGUGGUGAUUUGAUUUCAACUUUUCACUGGACAUGGGAUCUAGCUAAGUUUUUGGUCCCCUGAUUUGUUUCCAAAAUGGAGUGGGAACUUUUUUCUUAAACACCUGAGGACUGUCUCCCAUGUGACUUAAGAAAAUAGUUCUAGAAUUCAAGAAAACAAAAAUAAGUGUCUCACUGUGUUCAUAAAGAAGCCCUUGGACUUUUAUGGCCAAAAAAGGACAGAGACUAAGGGACAGACUAUCAGGGAAAGGCUCUUCACAAUUGUCCAGCAGAGUGUUCUUUGAAAGUUUUCAGAAAGUUAUGUUGUGGAGCUACUCUCUUGUGCCCCUUUCCUAAUGACAAAGUAUCUUUCUUGAUGGAAUGUGUUUCAAAUUUGUAGACUACAAUAUUCACACUAAAAUAAAGUUCUUCCCAAACCUAUAGGAAAUCUUA